GGUGAGUAAAUGAUGACAGUUUUUUUUUUUUUUUUUUAGUUUUUUGUAAACUAUCCCUUUAAUAACACGUGCUUUAUGUGCUCACUGGGUGUUUGGCCACAAAAGGGUUUUACACCUCUUUUGAAUUUGUGUGUGUAUUCAUGUAUAUUUAGUUUUGGUAGUGUUAAAGAGCCACUUGUUAGAAAGGCUUAGAUGUCACUGUCCAAAAAUGUUAAUUAUUAUUUUAUAUAUAAUAUAUAUAGAAAAGAGAUAGAAAAGAAACUUGUCAUCAUUUACUAAUUUCGUUCCAAACCUAUAUCUUUCUUUUGACUGUUGAGGAAAAUUUGUGUAACUGCUUUUGUCUGUUCAUGUCUUUCAAAUCUUCAUUGUAUGGGCAAAAAAAAAAAAAAUGUUUUUCUUCAAAAUACCUUUAAGGCUUGUUUACGUCAUUAAAUGUCUGUACUACUCGACACCUGUUUAGUCUCUCAUAGUAAAAUGGCCACACUCAGGUUUCAUUUUAGUGUCAAUCAUUUUAGUAAUAUGUUGGGUUGCCACAAUGUCCAAGGUAAAAUCUGGGUCCUGAAGCAAAACCAGUUGCACUAAAGCCUUGACAGACCAGGCUGCUCAUUUUGAAUGUUUUUUUUCCCCCUCUUUCCCUCUGGCUGCCUCCUCCAUUUUCUCUCCCUGCACUGAAAUGGCUGUGAUAUUUCCCACUUGGGUGAGAUUGUCGUCUGUUUUGGCCUAAUGUAGGAAAUUGACUCAUUUUGUGGCAUUGAUUUCCUCUCUGCUACAGAGAGGAUAUCGCUGGCAGAGUAAACCUGAGUGCGGUCGAUAGCCCUUCAGAGGGUGGGAUAUGUGUGCCACACCUCUCCUCUCAUAGAAGAAAGAGCGCUUGUGUGUCAUUGUUUGUUUCCUCCUUUUUAAUUCUCAACCUUCGUCUGUAAAACUACAGCAGUAAUCUACUGUCAUGGCCUAUAGUUGUUCCUGGUGUAGGUGUUGUGUUUGCAAACGUCAGCAAAAGAAAUAGUCAUACAGGUUUGGACUAACAUGAGGAGGAGUAAAUGAUGACAGAGUUUUCAUUUUUGGGUGAUUUUGAUGUGCAUCUAAUAAUCAUUACAAGUAAAAGCUUUAUUGAGCUUUAUUCAACAGAUCAGUGCUUGUCCUUUCCAUGCAUACUUCCACAGUAAUCAUCAGUUAGCCUGUAUACAGGAAAGUCAACUUCCACAGCAUCUGUCCUGGGAACUUAUUAUCAGGUAAAAUGCUUUUUUUUUUGUGGUUCUGAGGUAAAGUAUCAGUGAAACAAUCUGUGAGAUUUGUCUCAUCAGCACUGCUUCACUUGCACUAAUGCUUGUUUUGUCAGUACCAUCCACAGUUAAUGUCCUGUAGUACAUGUUAAUAGUUGGGUGUAAUUCACUUACUGACCAGGUGGUGUCAACAAUGUAUUUCCUUGUUUUGUUUUUUUUUGUUGUUGUUGUUGUUGUUUUGUUGUUUUUAUUUAUAUUUUCAUCAUAUUCCUUUUUUUUUUUUUGUAAUAAUUCCCCUCAUCAAGAAACAUUCACAUGCACCAUCACACAGUGUAUAAAGUAUAAAAAGUAAUGCUAAAAGUAUAUAAACUCUGUGCUAUAAACUGAAAAUAUCUCAAUUUAUGAUGGAAUCCUUUUUUAAAUGAUGUAUAACGCAUAUUUGAUUACUGUUCUAUUAUCCUGAUCCCGUAGGUGUGUGCUAGAGGAAUGUAACAUGGUCCUGUUAGAAGACAGCAGUGUUUACUCUAGGACAAUUCAGCUCAGCUCACAAAGUUUCUCAGACAUACAGUAUACCAUCCUAGCAUAACAAAUCGAGAAGACCUACAGAACGGAUUUUAUUAAGCAAUUGUUUCAAACAAAAUUAAAAGAGCAAAAUCUACUUUAGUGGGGAAAGAAGGACCUUCAUGCGCCAUGAUGGAUAAUAACAGCAAGCUUUCUCUGUUAAUCCAACUUGGUUCAAGUUGAAAGUCAACAUUUAGAACAUUUAGAGUCACCAAAGGGCUAGUCAACGAACAAGCAACCUAGUGGAUUGGUGUCCAAAAUUAUGGAUGUGUUGGUGCUUGGCUUCUGCUUGGCGCUAGGACUGCUACACACUAUGGAGGGAAAGGUUCUCAGACCAGGCAGAGUUCCCCCACAUAUUGUUUUCGUAAUGGUGGAUGACCAAGGCUUCAAUGACAUCGGGUACCAUGGCUCAGAGAUCCACACGCCCGUGUUGGACCAGCUAGCUGGCGAAGGGGUGAAACUGGAAAACUACUAUGUUCAGCCCAUCUGUUCCCCCUCACGAAGCCAACUUAUGACUGGACGGUAUCAGAUUCACACUGGGCUUCAACACUCGAUCAUCCGUGCACGGCAGCCUCUCUGCCUGCCCCCCGACAUACCAACGCUCCCUGAGAGGCUCCGGCAGGCUGGCUACAGCACCCACAUGGUAGGGAAAUGGCACCUGGGUUUCUGCCGGCCCGAGUGUCUGCCAACGAGCCGUGGAUUUCAAAGCUUCCUUGGAUCACUGACGGGCAGCGGAGACCAUUUUAACUUCCAAAGCUGUGACGGUACAGAGGCCUGUGGGUUCGAUCUGCAUGAUGGAGACCGGCCAGCCUGGGAGCUGAGUGGAAAUUACUCAACAAGGCUUUACACAGAGAGAGUGAAAGAAAUCCUGAGACAUCAUGACCAGAGGAAGCCCCUGUUUCUAUAUGUGGCCCUCCAAGCUGUGCACACACCGUUACAAGCUCCUGGGCAUCUUCUCAGACGCUACCAGACCCUUGGCAACAGACCUCGGCGCCACUAUGCCGCAAUGGUGAGCGGCGUAGACGAGUCAGUAGGGGAGAUUGUCAGUGAGCUGCGGGGGCGAGGCUACUACAACAACUCUGUGCUCAUCUACUCUUCAGACAACGGGGGCCAACCUCUCUCAGGGGGUUGUAAUUGGCCCCUGCGUGGCGGCAAAGGAUCCUACUGGGAAGGUGGAGUUCGAGCAGUUGGCUUUGUACACAGCCCACUUUUGAAAAGGAAGGGGGUGGUGAGUCAGGCUCUGAUUCAUAUCUCCGAUUGGUACCCGACCUUGCUGUCUCUUGCAGGAUACAGAGAGUCUGAUUCCAGCCACCUGGACGGCCAAGAUGUUUGGGGAGCUAUAAGUAGUGGCCUUCCCUGUCCACGAACUGAAAUCCUCUUCAACAUUGAUCCAGUGUCACGCAGGCAUGGAGAAGUUGACCCGAGACUCUUAACUCUAAAUGGUUUUGGGAUCUGGGAUACAGGAGUGCGUGCAGCCAUUCGAGCUGGUGACUGGAAACUUCUGACAGGAAAUGUAGGCGAUGGAGACUGGUUCCCUCCACAGACGAUGCCAGGAGGUCCGCAUCAGUGGCAGGGCAUGGAAAAGAGACGAGACCAGCGGGGGAAGUCUGUCUGGCUUUUCAACGUUACUGCUGAUCCCUACGAGAGGGCAGAUUUGGCAGAGGCACGUCCUGAGGUGGUCAAGGUGCUCUUGACCCGGCUUGCCGAGUACAACCGGACAGCUGUGUCUCCACGCAAUCCACCAGACGACCCGAUGGCGGACCCGCAACUUCAUGGAGGGGUGUGGACUCCUUGGCUAGGUCAGGAAGAGGCAGGAGAUGAAGGGGAUGAUGAGGAACCAGACAGCAUAAACAGAAAGGCCAGAUCCAAGAGUACCUGCAAAGUCUGCAAACUCAGGGCCUUGUUCAAAAAGGUUGGAACCCGUAUGCAAAGGGCUGCUUUGUACUUGUAGAGGUAGUUGUGGACAAGAUCCACUAAGCUGGCAGUCCAUUUCACUCAUCUUUGAAAGACAAUUCAUGGCACACUGGCAGUGUAAAUAUGUGCAGCGAUGUUAACAUCAGGAACUCUUGAUGUCUUGCCUGCAUCGUAAACUAGGAUUUUUACACAGUAGUUCAACAGGUGUGAGUAUAUUAGACAGAAGAUCCCAUCUGUAUGAUGCAAUGGAUUUUACUGUAAAGUUCAGAUCACCUACUGUUAAUGGGAUCCAGACAAGAGCAGAAUGAAUUUGAUUACAUGUGACUCCAUAAGCACUUAAUGUAGAUCUUUAUCCGAUGAUCCAGUUAUUUGGCUACAGAAAAUUAUGCAAGUAGUGGCAUUGAUUUAAUAGGGAAUACUAAAGCACUUAUAUUGUUCUUCGCUUGGUCGUGGACCAGUGUUCUCUUAUCCACCCCCUGGUUCACUUUCUCUCAUCUAUCUGUUCUUUCUCUGACAUGCCUCUGCCUUGCACUCCUCCUCACGCCUCUCUCAUUCUCCUACCUUUUGCUUUUAUGCUUGUGCUCUAUCCAAAUCCGCUCUGACAUAGCCCACCACAACCAGAAUAACACACGAUUCUUCAUUGUUUCUGCACUUUCUCCUCCACCUGUUUCUCAUCCUUUUGCAUUCCUUCUUAGUUAGAGUAGAUCAGGUCAGUGCAGAUGUAGAAGCAAGAAUAUAAGAGCAAGGAAAAGAAUGAUACAGUAGUUUCUUUUAUGUAAAAUGAGGGAUAUUUGAGGAGGAGGAUGAUCACUCUUGGGUAUGAAGACUGUGCCUUUAUCCAAGACAUUCUUGGCCUAUUCAUCUCCCAGUUUCAAGAGACUUAACACAAUUCACAAGAAGUGAUGAAAUGUGCUCUGUAUUCAAUGUAAUGCAUAUUUUGAAAAUAACUUUUCAAUUUUACCUCCUAUGUAACAGCUUUUAAUCUGAUGUAGUUGUGUGUAUUUCUGAUCAUGUUGUCUGUCAGCGAUCCUAGAAAACAAUCCAUCCAUCUGAUUUGUUCAAAAUAACAUAGUCCUCCUAUAAAGAUGGCAAAGUAACCUCUAUCAACCUGCAAAGAAGUGACUUGCAUUAAACACAAUUCAUAUGAAAUAAUUAAACAAGGAGAAUGUUUCCUUAAGUCUACAGUAGGAAACGCUUCAUUGUCAGAAGAUAAGGAAUCUAGAGCAGGGUAAAAGUCAAUACACAGUUAAAAGUAACGUUAGUACAUAGUUAAGAUAAUGCAAAACAUUUGUUUACUUUAAGAGCUGCACGGCAAGAAGUACUGUGUAUCUUUUGUUUCUGGAGGCCGUUGUUGUUAAAGAUUCAUUAAACCAUGAUUCAAACUGA